GGUGAUUGGGCUGCCCCUGCUUAGUGUUGAUCGCGAGCUCGGCUGGAUUUAGGUGGUGGUUUUGGAAUUUCGGAUUCGCUCUCUGCGGGUUUGUACGGAGGGAGGACGCUAGAGGUGAAUUUCCGGUCGCUCGUCCUCGUGUUCUUCGCCGGCCCGCUGUGCCACUUGGGCUUCUCGCUGCGGAUUGUACCGACAGUUUUGGCAUGGAGUGACUCGUGAUUUGGUUUGGUUCGAACACGACUCGUGCUUGCUUGGCUGCUUGCCAAAUUAACCUUGCCAUUUGCAGACAUUUGUUUUUGCUCCGUGCUUUGGGCACUGCGUCGGUGAUUUGGAAGCUUAAUUACCCCGCGGUGCAUUUUUUAAAGACUGGUUGCUUGGCGCCAGUACAUUACCUAUUCUUUUAAAAAAUGUUAGACGAACAUGUACCAAAACCCAGCGGUAGAUCUUCAAUUCCAAACUAAAUGACCCUCCCCAUGCUAUUUGUACUUAGUGUGCUCUUGGUGUCUGAAUUUCCCAAGGAACUAUUGUUUUAUUCACGCAACACUGCUGGCAGCAUGUGCAUUACCUUUGGGUACAACGAACUUUUGCAACAUUAGUCGAUUUUGUCCAAGUGAAUUCUCGGCAACUUCAAGUGAAGUCUGUCAUAUUUUUCCCUUGUCUCUGUCAUGGCGGGCAAAUCCUUGAUGCAUGUGCGUAGCUCAUAAGUGGCAAGUAUUAAAAAAGGUCCCUGUUUCCCAUGCUGCUUCUGGCGAGAAAUUAUUAGGAAACUGAUUCGUCUCACAUGCAUGUGCAUUGUCCUGUCUGUUCUAAAACCAUCAGAAUCUCCACGAAUAAUGUUUAUUUGCUUUGUCCCUUGCUCAAUUGAUGUAUGAUCCCAUGUAGCAGCUGCCAUUUGUCCAAAAGAUCUUCUUUUUUAUGCUUUAUAGUAGAUCUACAAUGCAUUUAUACAUUCUGAUGACACCUUCCUCCCCUGUUUCCUAGCCUCCAUAUAGUCACUCCCCUUCCCAAUUUGCCAUUAUAUCCACACGAGAGGGCUUUGGGGCACUAAUUGUAGCUGUUCAUAGUUUCGGUGAUUGAAAUUGGUACAUAUUGGUGGUUGCAGCAAGCUGGUUUCUCGAGAUCCACAUUGAUGUGGUUUGUUCUGGAAAUUUCUAUUCUUCAUGGAUGCUCUUAAGAGCUAUGCAAAGAAGGCUGAUCUUGGUGGUGAGACUCUAAGACCACCACUAGUUCCAUCAGAGAAGCACAAUGCUUUCCGAGUGAGGGAAGUUGCAUCCAGGUGCAAAACUGAUCUGGCUGAUGCCACUAAGACAAGGCGAUGUACAUCACCAAGUCUUGGCCGGACCUCAGCAGCUGAAGGCACACCAGCACCCAAAAGAGCUCAAUCAGCAGACAGAAGAAGGCCGUCAACACCUUCAACCCCUCCCUCUAAGGGGUCCACACCCUCAACGCCGGCAUCAAGGUCCAUUACACCAGUUCGUGAUACCACUAGAGACUUACACAAGAGUUCCAAGCGUAUAGCAAGCACAAAGGCUCCUGAUGGCUUGUGGCCAGCAAUGCGUAACUUGUCUUCCUCCUUCCAGUCAGAAUCUGUGGCUGCACCUACUACAAGAAAAGAUAAGGUAGUCACUGCCUUGGAUUGUAGCAAGGGGCAGGAGAGUGUUCUAACCGAGAGGAAGAGAAGUCCUUUCAGAAGGAAAAACAAUGCUGAACAUUGUGAGAAUGCUCAACCUUCAGAGGAGCCCCCUAAGAGGGUAAUUGAGCAACACAGAUGGCCAGCGAUAGCUGGGCAGGCGCCAAAGAAUUUCAUGUCAAGAAGCAUUGACCUUUCUGACAAAGCUACUAGACCAGUCCUAUCAUCAAAUACAUCAAGAGGCCUUUCUCCAAGGAAGGCACCUUCUGUUGGACCAGUCCAAUCAUCAAAUCCAUCAAGAGGCCUUUCACCAAGGAAGACCCAUUCUGCUGAAGCUUCAGUCAAACUGUCGAAUCAAUCAUUGGAUGAAGUGGCAAGGAGUUUGGCUAUUCAGGCAAGCAGAAGAGAUGAUAAGGUAGAUUCACAGACAAUAGAGAGAUCCAAAUCUUUGAGCCGACCAAACAGAACCGUUACUUUUCCUGUUCCAAUUCUACAACGCCCAUCAUCACCAAGCAGAGCAUUGCCAGCUGCUUCCUCAACUUCCAGGGUCUUUCAUAGCCCAUCUCGGACAAGGCCGUCAACACCCUGUCGGUCCCAAAGUGCUGGAGCUAACCAAGCAAGUGUUCCAUCUCCUCUUAUCAACUACAUGGUUGAUGCGCGAAAAGGAAAGAAGAAUGCCAGCCAAAUCGAAAAUAUUCACCAAGUGCGUUUGUUGCACAAUAGACAUUUGCAGUGGCGCUUUAUAAAUGCUCAUGCAGAAGAUGCUUUAUCUUUCCAAAAGGCUACUGUUGAGAAUACCAUUUAUAAUGUUUGGAGGAAUACUAUAAGCCUGCGGGAUUCUGUUAAUAUGAAGAGAAUAAUGGUGCAACACUUUCAGCAAGAACUAAGGCUUUACAACAUUCUGAAAGAACAGAUUGCUUACCUUGAACAAUGGCCAACAAUAGAAAGGGAGAAUAGUAUCUCUUUAUUAGGGGCAACUGAGGCUCUGAAAGCAAGCACCCUGCGCCUGCCAGUUACAUCGGGGGCAAAGGCUAAUGCAAUUGCUCUCAAGAAUGCUGUAAGCUCAGCUGUUGAUGUCAUGCAAGUUUUGGGCUCAUCUGUUUGCUGCAUGCUUUCAAAGGUCACGGACAGCACAUCCUUGGUUUCAGAACUCUCUGCAGUAGCAGGACAAGAGAAGGCCAUGCUUGAUGAAUGCAGAGAACUCUUAGCUACAGCUGCAAAACUGCAGGUGCAGGAGUCGAGCCUACGGACACAUCUUGUGCAACAGAGACAAAGGCAAGGGUUGAAUUUGGCAACCUGAACAAGAUGCAGAAGCCCCAGGCCAUGCCAUUGAACAGAUACAACUAGGCAAGUUGAACCUGCAACUAUAAGAACUGCAAACAGAAAAGAAAUCUGUAGAGACGAAUAACAAAUGUUAAACAUCCCCUGGAGAUUCAUGGUGUGAUGCAACAGCUAACUACCCCCAGUGCAUAGAUAUGACAGGUUUACUGAACAGACCUCAUCAUAUGUAAAUGGUUUUCACCAUAUAAUGCACUCCCAGCCUUUUCUAGUAAUUUUUUUCCUUAUUUU